CAGGAUGAUAAUAUGGACACCAAACCCAUUCUAGAAGAACUUCUUCUCAAAAGGUCGCAGCAAAAGAAGAAAAUGUCACCAAGUAAUUACAAAGAGCGCCUUUUUGUCUUGACCAAAACAAAUCUUUCCUACUAUGAAUAUGACAAAAUGAAAAGAGGCAGCAGAAAAGGAUCGAUUGAAAUUAAGAAAAUCAGGUGUGUGGAGAAAGUAAAUCUCGAGGAGCAGACACCCGUGGAGCGACAGUACCCAUUUCAGAUCGUCUAUAAAGAUGGGCUUCUCUAUGUCUAUGCAUCAAAUGAAGAAAGUCGAAGUCAGUGGUUGAAAGCAUUACAGAAAGAGAUAAGGGGCAACCCCCACCUGCUGAUCAAGUACCACAGUGGAUUCUUCGUGGAUGGGAAGUUCCUGUGCUGCCAGCAGAGCUGCAAAGCGGCCCCCGGCUGUACCCUCUGGGAAGCAUAUGCUGAUCUGCACAUUGCAGUCAAUGAAGAGAAACACAGACUUCCUACCUUCCCAGACAGGGUGCUGAAGAUUCCUCGGGCGGUUCCUGUGUUCAGGAUGCAUGCACCAUCUUCAAGUACCACUCCAGCCCAAUAUGACAGCAGUGACUCAAAGAAAAACUAUGGCUCCCAGCUAAAUGUCAACAUGUGUAUUCCACAGGAAGACUACCCUGACGGGUGGCAAGUAAGAAAACUGAAAAGUUUCUGAACCAUACCUGUCUCCCUCUCUAGCACUGAAGAUGUUGCAUGCAGUAACCAAAAGGAAAGAAACGUCGCAAAUCACAGAACCUCAAAGAUUUCGUGGGGAUUCCCUGAGUCAAGUUCAGGAUUCCCUGAAUCAAGUUCAUCGGAAGAAGAAGAAAACCUGGAUGAUUAUGACUGGUUUGCAGGUAACAUCUCCAGGUCGCAAUCUGAGCAGUUACUGAGACAAAAGGGAAAAGAAGGAGCAUUUAUGGUUAGAAACUCCAGCCAAGCAGGAAUGUACACGGUCUCAUUAUUUAGUAAGGCUGUGAAUGAUAAAAAAGGAACUGUCAAACAUUACCAUGUGCAUACAAAUGCUGAGAAAAAGUUAUACCUGGCAGAAAACUACUGUUUUGAUUCCAUUCCCAAACUUAUUCACUAUCAUCAACACAAUUCAGCAGGCAUGAUCACACGGCUCCGCCACCCUGUGUCAACCAAGGCCAACAAGGUCCCCGUCUCUGUGUCCCUGGGAACUGGCAUGUGGGAACUCAAAAGAGAAGAAAUUACGCUGUUGAAGGAGCUGGGAAGUGGCCAGUUCGGAGUGGUCCAGCUGGGCAAGUGGAAAGGGCAGUAUGAUGUGGCUGUUAAGAUGAUCAAGGAGGGCUCCAUGUCAGAAGAUGAAUUCUUCCAGGAGGCCCAGACCAUGAUGAAACUCAGCCAUCCCAAGCUGGUUAAAUUCUAUGGAGUUUGUUCAAAGAAAUACCCCAUAUACAUAGUGACUGAAUAUAUAACCAAUGGCUGCUUGCUGAAUUACCUGAGAAGUCAUGGAAAAGGACUUGAAACUUCCCAGCUCUUAGAAAUGUGCUAUGACGUGUGUGAAGGCAUGGCCUUCUUGGAGAGCCAGCAAUUCAUACACCGGGACUUGGCUGCACGGAACUGCUUGGUGGACAGUGAUCUCUCUGUGAAAGUGUCAGACUUUGGAAUGACGAGGUAUGUUCUUGAUGACCAGUAUGUCAGUUCAGUAGGAACGAAGUUCUCAGUCAAGUGGUCAGCUCCAGAGGUGUUUCACUACUUCAAAUACAGCAGCAAGUCCGAUGUAUGGGCAUUCGGGAUCCUGAUGUGGGAAGUAUUCAGCCUGGGAAAGCAGCCCUAUGACUUAUACGACAACUCCCAGGUGGUUGUGAAGGUCUCCCAGGGCCACAGGCUCUAUCGGCCUCAACUGGCAUCAGACACCAUCUACCAGAUAAUGUACAGCUGCUGGCAUGAGCUUCCAGAAAAGCGUCCAACAUUUCAGCAGCUCCUGUCUUCCAUUGAACCACUUCGAGAAAAAGACAGGCCUUGAAAAAGAAAUUAGGAGUGCUGAUGAGAAUGAA